AUGUCGACAAUAUUAGAAGAUGAUAGUGAUGACAGCGAAGAAUGGAUUUCCAUUGAUGAUGAUAAUGAUGAUGACAAUGAUAGUGAAGAUGAAGAUAAUAAGUUAACCUAUCAUCAUAACGAGCCAGAAGAAUUAAAAGACCUGGACUGGAAUGAUUUACCGAAUUUUAUUCGACGUAAAUCCAUCGCCAGUAAUAUUAUUAUUAGAUUACCAUACAAGGGUACUCAAUUUUACUUAGGUUCUGAAAAAGAUUUUCAACAAAAAGAAACCGAUUAUAUGAAACGAACAGGUGCUUACAAAUUGAUAGAUAAACUAGAUGGAAUUCAUCGAACUGCUAGUCAAACAUGUCUAGCCGAUAUUGUCGAACAAGUAGAAAUCAAAUUGGAUAAUUUACUUGAUUCAAAAUGUAUCGACGAAGUACACUAUAUGAAAAUGAAUAUUAGUCGAUUAUCGGCUCGAAUGCAUUAUCUUUAUUUUGUACCAGAAAUUCACAAAGAAGGAAUUCCAGUUCGACCAAUUAUGAUAUGUAAUGAUGGACCAACAAUGAACAUAGUUCGUUAUAUAACUCCUAUUCUAUGGUCUAUUUUUGAUCGAGCAACUAAUUGCAGACGAUUUUCAAAUGGUGCUGUCGAUGUUAUACAUGCCAUUGAACAUUAUGCUCAAAUAGGUCAUCUUAUACCUCGAACUCUCUUCGUAACAUUUAAUAUGGAUGAAUUGAUGACAGUUUUUCGACAUGAUGAAACAAUAGCAGCCUUAAAAAGUUUACUUGUCGAACAAUUACCAGAUCAGAUGAUAGAUGGUCUUACUAUUGAUACUAUUCUAGAAUUAGUUCAUUUUGUUUUGAAAAAACAAUUUGUUGUUUAUAAUUAUGCAUUGUAUCAACAAAUUCAUGGCGGUGCUUCUGGUUUACCACUAACUAUGUUCUUGACCUUUAUUAACGUGUUUUAUGGUCAACAUCGAGAUCUUGUAAAAUCAUUGAAAGAAAAAAAUGAAUUUUUUGGCAGAUAUCGAGAACAAGCAAUUAUAACAUGGCAUGGAUCCGAAGGUCAAUUUCGUACAUUAAUCAAGAAAAGUAUUGGUAUUGAACAUACUCGAAAUCUGGUAACAAUAUCUAUUGGAUCAAAAGUUCAUUUCCAUGAUCUUGAAAUUAGCUAUAAGAAUAAUGAUGGUAUUCUCGAAAGUAAAGUUUAUUAUGAUUCAGCUAUUGAUACUUUACCCAAUGUAUCCGAUAAACCAAUGGAAAACCAAUCAAAACAAUUAUAUGCUGUUCUCUAUCGAGCUGUUCGAUGUUCUUCUGAUGUUGAAACUUUUCAUCAUGAACUAUGUCAUAUUCAAUUAUCAUUUCUUACAUCGGGCUUCACAUCAGAAUUUAUUCAUUCUAAUAUCGAACGUUUUUACCAAGAAUUUGGUAUACAAGAAAAAUUCUUCUCAUUAUGUUUGAAUGAUGAUGAUGAAUAUAAUAAUUUACGUCAACGUAUUAUACAAGACGUUGAACAACAAAUGAAAUUGAAACAACAACGUGAAGAACAAAAAAAAUAUACAUUAUUCGUACCAUGUCCACGUUUUAUUCAUCAAGAAAGUCGUAAUAUUUUCAAGCAAGGUUUUCAAGAUUUGUGGAAGAAAUAUUUUGGUAAUGAAUCACAAACGAAACAUGUACAAAUCAAAUGGAUAGAACGAACAACAACUCCUCUAGCAAAAAGUGAUUUUCUGAUCAACAAACGACCACCACUUCGUCUGUUAACUUUAUCGAAAAGUGAAGUCAAUAAAAAGAGAUAUCAUCCUAUGGAUCGUCUUUAA